CCAAUAGGAAAUAGGAACAGCAGUGGACCUCACACUUCCAUUGUCUAAGAUUGUAAUCAGCGAUGAGCAACACUGGUUAAGUAAGUAUGAAAAAAGAGGCCACAAUUACAAGAUAGUUUUUGCACGUACAUUUGGUCAUGAGGAAGUAAAGGAGAGACGGAGGUCAGACUUGAAUGCUGUCUGGCUGUAUCACAGCUGGUGUUCUGCCCCAGUUUUAGUAUAAUCAGCUGGUUAUACUAAAUCAGCAGAGUCAACAAUUUCUUGUCACACUUGGGGUCCACGGUAAAGAUUCAACAGUUUCUCGUCACACUCGGUGUAUGAAGUGGAAGAGUGAAAUAACUGUGAACUGCAAAGUGCCCCAACCCUUACUUUCCCAAAUAAAUUGCCAACGGCCGCCGUCAGCCGCACACCUGAAGCCCUUCGACAUUACUCUCAGCUUGUGCCCUGUGGCACGGCCCCGCGGGUUACGACCCGGGGCGGGGCGUUGCUGCUGCCGCCCGCCCUGCCCUCAGCCCGUCCCCGUCCCCUCUCCGCGCUUUGCAGCGGCUCCUCCGGGCGCCCAGGCGGCGCCUCAGCGCCCCAGCCGCCGCCUCCGGCUCCCGCUCUCCGCCGGCCCCGCGAUGAACCCGCGGCUGCGGCACUGGCGGGAGGCUGCGACGCUGCUGCUGCCGGCGGGCACGGCGGCGCGGCCGGGGCGCUCCGCGCUCGGUCCCUGCGACUACGAGGUGCUGCUGCUGCAGCGGAGCUCCCGCAGCGGCUUCGCGCCCGGCGCACACGUCUUCCCGGGCGGCGUAGUGGAGGCGGCGGACUUCUCGGCGGCCUGGUUGGGUCUGCUGCCCGCCUCGCCGCUCUGCGGGCUGGGCUCCGUGAAGCCGCCGCCUGCGGGCAGCGGCCGGGCGCCGAUCUUCGCCACCGACCGGCUGCAGCUGGGCUCGCCGCUGCCCGGGGAAGUCGCCUUCCGUAUCUGCGCCAUCCGGGAGACUUUCGAGGAGGCGGGAAUCCUGCUGCUGGUGCCCGGGAGCGGGCCGGGGGAGGGCGGCGAGGCCCGGCCGCUGCCCGCGGAGAGCCUGCUGCCGGCUGCCGAGCUGGGCGAGUGGCGGCGCCGGGUGCGGGAGGACGCGGGCUGCUUCCUGCAGCUCUGCCGGCACCUGGGCUGCGUGCCCAACAUCUGGGCGCUGCACGAGUGGAGCAACUGGCUCACACCGGUCGGCAGGGCCGGCCCCGGCGGCCGCCGCUACGACACGGCGUUCUACCUGUGCUGCCUGGACGAGCGGCCACCCCACGCCUCCGAGGACGAGCGGGAGGUGACGGCCUGCCUGUGGUCAUCACCUCCAGAAGCCAUUGAACUCUUUAAAUCUCGAGAAAUAUUGCUUGCUCCCCCUCAGUUCUAUGAAUUGUGUAGGCUGUGCAACUUUUCUUCCCUUCAUGAAUUACACAAGUUCAGCUCUGAUCGAGCCCUAGAGGGAUGUGAAUGUUGGAUGCCUAUAAUGUUAACUGCUUCAGAUGGCUUAAUUCAGCUAUUACCAGGAGAUGAAUUAUACCCAGAAGAUCCAGAUUAUACAGGGGAAACGAAAAUAGUCAUGUCAACAGAUAAGAAGGUUGAAGAUCUCAUGAAAGAGGGUAGUACAUUUCACAGGAUAGUAAUAAAAAACAUAAACAGUCUUGCUGUCUAUGUUAAUAUUCAGGCAAAAUAUAAACAUAUGAAUCCAUUGAUGAUAAACACCGAUUAUUCAGACUACAAUAGUAGAUUAUAAUAUUUCUGGUUUUAAGCUAGAAUAUAUUUAACUACAUACAUAUUCACUGUGUUUCUCAUCCUUAUUAACAGUUGCAAAGUAGUUAGGACAAGAGACUUAAAUAUUCCAUUGCCCUGCCACAGCAUUUCAUAUGGUUGUGGGUUUGAGAUUUGUGUGUACUUCAAUCUUUGAGUCUUUGAAACUUCAAAGUUGUGUCAGGUAUGGUGUAAAGAAGCUACUGAAAAUUAAACACAACUAUCAACUUAAUUAAUUGAAUAAACUUUAAAGUGAUUUGGCAGUGAUUAUACUGAACAAUUAGCAUCUUAUUCUACCUACAUAGUAAUAAUGGAAUAUGCUGUAGUGCCGUUCUGUUGGGUCACACAGGUUCUUUUCUCACUGAAAAUUAAAGUACAUCUUAUGUUCAGAACAAGUAUGUUUUGAGUUCAAAAAUUCUUUUACUAUGCUUCCUAAAGUUACCUGUUUGGCAGCUGUAAUCCAUGUCUAGAAAUGAAUGAAAUUCAUUCUGUUUCUGUUAAAAUAUUCCAGUCUAUCUUAUUUUAAUUGAAAACCAAUGUAUAUGUGUAUAUAUAGAUGUUAGCUAACAUUCACUUAUUGCAAAGAAUAUUUAUAUUUGAUAAAGCUAAAUUGUUUCUAUUAAUGGUAACUUACUAAAAACUUUACAGUUUUCAAAGAUAGUUGUGAUACUUUUAUUCAUGACAAUUUUUUACCUUCAAGUUGACCGGAAUUUAAAAAGAAGAAAUGAAUUAUUCAGCUCCAAAAAGAUGCCACCAACUGAAGAAAAUAAAAUACUGCCUUGGAAACGCCUAAUUCCACAAUUCAGUAUUCCACAUUUUGCUUCUUAAAUUUUUUACCUAACAUAUCUUUGAGAUUUAAAGACUUAAGAGAAAGGACUGCUACUUUAUUUUUUUGGUCUUUUUAUUUUGUGGGUGGUGCAAUAAGUGGAGUAUAUGGAGCUGUGAUGUGGUAUUUUCUUUAUCUGGAAGAGUAAGAAUGAAUGAUGACAAAAUUAUCCAGUAAAGCUGUUCUGAAAGCUAUGUUUCAACUUCUGUUCUGUAAUUUAAUUCAAGUAAAAUCAUCUGCAAUAUUUUCACUAAGUUGAAUUGUUUUGUAGCAUUCAUUUCUGUGGAAAAAUACGUACGUAUUUAUUCUGUUCUUUCCAAACAUGCUCAGAUGGUUCUUGGUUGCAGACCCUUGCUGAAACUUCUAUACAUCUGCUAUGUAUGAGUUCUAUGAAGUAGUAUAUUAUGCUUAAUAUCUCCUUCACAAUAGUCUGGCUGAUUCUUCUGAACAUGAAGAAGACAGGAAAAUUAGAAAAACGGAAAGUGGAGGAAGCAAAUAAAGUAUCCUGUAUACUAUCUUACAUGAUUUUUAGCUUUUGGACACGAACACUGGCCACAGUAGUACUAUGAAUAUAAAAGGGAGAAGCAUGCUUAUGAUCAUAGUUGCUGGAGAGCUAUCUUGAUCAUUAUUUAUUGGUCUGUACCUUGUGGUUCUAACAGGUUUUUGUUGUUGUUUUUGUUUUGUUUUGUGGCAGAAGGUGGCUACUAAGAAAAUAUUUUGAGGAAAUAAAUGAUUCAACAACCUAAAUAUAGGUUGGAUUCUUAGAGAAGUGUUUUACAAGCCAGCAUGUUCCAAUAUUUAUUCCUAUACUAGCCCUAUAUAAUACAAGUUCUCCUGUGUGUCAAAAGCAGUUACUUCAAUAUUAAAUCUAUCUUCUUGGUCAAUACUCUGCCUCUCC